AUGGCUGAAUCGUCUCAUUCGUGCAAUAACAAAGGCGCCAUAGUUUUGUUAAAAAAGCUAUGCCUGGAUUGUGAGGAACCAUUCAGCAGAUUUCAAGAUAUGAAAAGGCACAUAUUCACUAAGCACGGCAAGGAUCUCACAACACGUUCGAAAAAAGACCAUGGCAAAUCAACAGACGGAACUCCUGUGCAUGUCUACAACACAAGCAACAACUCGCGCAUCACGUCGACAAUAACCAUCCAAUUCCACGAAUAUCGCCGAUCUUGUAUUACUGCGUCGCGUACAGCUGAAUUUGCCGUCGAGAGCCAUUUCAACGAGGUUUUGACUAUGUCUGGUAUCCUUGUCUUGCAGCGACGGGGCAAUUAUGAAGAUUUGCCAACCGACAUCUUUCCACCAUCCUUAUUGACAGCAGCGCGCACUGAAAUACUGGCUAAGUACAAGCGCAACACAUUCCAACCGCACGUUAGAUCAGCAGUUCAAUCAAUUAUUCAGCAGUUUGUGGAUGAAAUCAUCACGGAAACACGAGCCAAAAUCGAGCUUCUCUCACUUUGCGUGCCAGAUGUUACUCCCCCGCCACAAGAUUACAUAGAACCAACGGAAUAUGAAUGUGCAGUUAUCAUGGCAAUAGUGGCCUUACUCUCGAAUCUAUACGACUGUGACAUGAAGCCACUCUCUGAAGCACAUCUGACUUCCAGCUACAUCCAUCCAUUCAUGCAUGGCCUUUUGUCAGCAAAGAAGCCCUCAAAAGUUGCGCAUUUAUCGAACAUAGUCCCAGAAGAGUUUGACGAUGCUGUCAAUCGACCAGAUUACAAAAUUGACGUCUAUGUAUCUUCUGGGUACUGGUUCUCGUACACAAACGCCUAUGGAGAGGUCAAAAAGAGCCGCAAUGUUUCAGUCACACUGCUUGCCAAAGGUUUUUAUCGGUUAUGCAUCUUUAGCAAAGAAGCAAUUGAUCGGUACAAUUUGAGAAAUGUCCUGUCCUUCCAAGUUACAGCCAACUCAGUCAAGUUUUUUACGAUGCAAUUGGAAUUUCCAUUCUUAUACACUGUCACAGAAUUAGUUCGGUUACACAUCCCAACGAAGAAAUGUGAUCUCCUGGAUUUGAUGGGACAUGUGGACAACUUGCUUUUUGUUGCAUCAUUGUACCGAGACCAUGCGGGAUGUACAGUACCAAAUUGGCUAUAA